GCGGGGCGGGGGCGGGGGUCGACCGCCAAUGACUGCUCCCAAGGCACACUGGCAUCGGGUGGGUGGCCAGAGAUCAGAGAUGGCUCCAGGAGGCAGUGGAGUUUGCAGGGGACCUGGAGCAGAUGUAGAGGAGGCCCCUGGGAGUGGCCCAGGUGAGAGGGGAGACGUCCCCCAGAGCCCCAGUCUUCGGUGUCGCCCUGGCUGCCCCUGGUGCCGCCUGGGGAAUGCCGAGCGAGGGUGCUCUCCAACUGGGCGUCCAGGGUGCACGCCCGUCAUGUGACCACCCUCAGGGGGAGGGGCUCCGGGGACUUGAAAGAUGUGCAGAAAGGGUUCAUUCUUUCUGGAACCUCAGCCCACCCCGGGCCUGGAGGAGCGGGAGGCCUGGCCAGCCACAACACAGCGAGCCGCCCAGAAACGUAUGUCCGGACCUGAGCAACGGUGCCUCCACAGAGGAGGUGGGGAGGGCGGCUGAGGGUCUGGAGUCCAGAGAGACUAGAAGCUCGGUCUCGAGGGCUUGGGGUCCUGGCUGGGAAGCGACCACUCUGAUGGGAGGCUGGUGUCUCUUCAGCGGGGUCAUGGCCAAGUGGACCUGGGUACAGACGGAGAGGGUGAGUGUGAGGGCGGUCUGGGGGGGCACCAGCCCUGUUGGUGGGGCGAUGCGCUGAGCGGUGCGCCUGCGAGUGAGGACCCCUUUCUGCUCCCCGGUGGGACUAUGUCUGUGCAGGGCCCCCAGAGGAGGCUGCUAGGCUCCCUUAACUCCACCCCCCCAGCCACCCCUGCGCUCAGGCCGCCUACCAACCAGACGGGGCCCCAGUGCCUGGAGGUGUCCGUUCCCGACGGGCUCUUCCUCUGCCUGGGGCUGGUGAGUGUGCUGGAGAACGUGCUGGUGGUGGCCGCCAUCGCCAAGAACCGCAACCUGCACUCGCCCAUGUACUACUUCAUCGGCUGCCUGGCCGCGUCCGACCUGCUGGUGAGCGUCAGCAACGUGCUGGAGACGGCCGUGCUGCCGCUGCUGGAGGCGGGCGCCCUGGCCGCCCCGGCCGCCGUGGUGCAGCAGCUGGACGGCGCCAUCGACGUGCUCAUGUGCGGCGCCGUGGUGUCCAGCCUCUGCUUCCUGGGCGCCAUCGCUGUGGACCGCUACAUCUCCAUCUUCUACGCGCUGCGCUACCACAGCAUCGUCACGCUGGCCCGCGCCUGGCGCGUCAUCUCCGCCGUCUGGCUGGCCGGCGUGCUGGCCGGGGCGCUCUUCAUCGCCUACGACAGCCACGUGGCCGUGCUGCUCUGCCUCGUCAGCUUCUUCGUGGCCAUGCUGGUGCUCAUGGUGGGGCUGUACGUGCACAUGCUGGCCCGGGCCUGCCAGCACGCCCGCCGCAUCGCCCGGCUGCACAAGAGGCAGCGCCCUGCCCGCCAGGGCUUCAGCCUCAAAGGCACCGCCACGCUCACGGUCCUGCUGGGCAUCUUCUUCCUCUGCUGGGGCCCCUUCUUCCUGCACCUCUCGCUCAUGGUCCUCUGCCCUCAACACCCCAUUUGUGGUUGCGUCUUCAAGAAUUUCCACCUCUUCCUCACCCUCAUCAUCUGCAACUCCAUCGUCGACCCCCUCAUCUAUGCCUUCCGCAGUCAGGAGCUCCGAAAGACACUGCAGGAGGUGGUGCUGUGCUCCUGGUUCGGCAGUGGCAAGCGUGAUGGUAUUAGCCAAUUUGAAGGCAGGGCUGGUAAUGCCUCAAGCCUUCGGCAGCCGCUGGCAGCCACCCCCACUCUGCCCCAGCCAGGCCCCACCCCUGCUGGCCCCCCAGACCCCGGUGGCGGCGGGCGGAGACGGCGGGCGGGGCGCCGCAGCGCGCGGCCCAGCCGGACCGGGAUGCGCGGUGCUGAUGCUGCAGGGCCCGUGCGGCAUUCUGCGGCGGCGUCCCCCGAUUGGCCGCGCGCGCCAGCCCCGGCCCGUCCGCGCGUGUCCCGCAGCCGCCCGCCACACGCACCGAGCAUGAGGGAGAUCGUGCACAUCCAGGCCGGCCAGUGCGGCAACCAGAUCGGGGCCAAGUUCUGGGAGGUCAUCAGUGACGAGCACGGGAUAGACCCCAGCGGCAACUAUGUGGGGGACUCGGACCUCCAGCUGGAGCGCAUCAGCGUCUACUACAACGAGGCCUCUUCUCAUAAGUAUGUGCCUCGGGCCAUUCUGGUGGACCUUGAGCCCGGCACCAUGGACAGCGUCCGGUCUGGUGCCUUUGGACAUCUUUUCAGGCCUGACAACUUCAUCUUCGGUCAGAGCGGAGCCGGCAACAACUGGGCCAAGGGGCACUACACGGAGGGCGCCGAGCUGGUGGACUCCGUCCUGGACGUGGUGCGGAAGGAGUGUGAGAAUUGCGACUGCCUGCAGGGCUUCCAGCUGACCCACUCGCUGGGCGGGGGUACAGGCUCGGGCAUGGGCACCCUCCUCAUCAGCAAGGUCCGGGAGGAGUACCCGGACCGCAUCAUGAACACCUUCAGCGUGGUGCCGUCGCCCAAGGUGUCGGACACGGUGGUGGAGCCCUACAAUGCCACGCUGUCCAUCCACCAGCUGGUGGAGAACACGGACGAGACCUACUGCAUCGACAACGAGGCCCUGUAUGACAUCUGCUUCCGCACCCUCAAGCUGGCCACGCCCACCUACGGCGACCUCAACCACCUGGUGUCGGCCACCAUGAGCGGCGUCACCACCUCCCUCCGCUUCCCCGGCCAGCUCAACGCCGACCUGCGCAAGCUGGCUGUGAACAUGGUGCCCUUCCCCCGCCUGCACUUCUUCAUGCCGGGCUUCGCGCCGCUCACCGCCCGCGGCAGCCAGCAGUACCGGGCUCUGACGGUGCCUGAGCUCACCCAGCAGAUGUUCGACGCCAAGAACAUGAUGGCCGCCUGCGACCCCCGCCACGGCCGCUACCUGACCGUGGCCACCGUCUUCCGCGGCCGCAUGUCCAUGAAAGAGGUGGACGAGCAGAUGCUGGCCAUCCAGAGCAAGAACAGCAGCUACUUCGUGGAGUGGAUCCCCAAUAACGUGAAGGUGGCCGUGUGCGACAUCCCGCCCCGGGGGCUCAAGAUGUCCUCCACCUUCAUCGGCAACAGCACGGCCAUCCAGGAGCUGUUCAAGCGCAUCUCGGAGCAGUUCACGGCCAUGUUCCGGCGCAAGGCCUUCCUGCACUGGUACACGGGCGAGGGCAUGGACGAGAUGGAGUUCACCGAGGCCGAGAGCAACAUGAACGACCUGGUGUCCGAGUACCAGCAGUACCAGGACGCCACCGCCGAGGAGGAGGGCGAGAUGUACGAAGACGACGAGGAGGAGUCUGAGGCUCAGGGCCCCAAGUGAGGCGGCUAGAGGGCCGGAGCCAGGCUGCGGCUGUGGCCCCAGAGGCCUGACCCCAGAGCCGUGUCGCCAUUAACACCACCCCAGCCUCGCCCCCGCCAGCUCCGGCCGCGGCACCCUAGGGCUCCCAGUAUUUACCGCAUCCCCAGCCCACGUGAGUCCCGUCUUCGCACCAUAGGGCAGGUCCACUCCUGUGUCUGCUUUACUGUCAGCUCCAGGCCUGUUUAUGGUUCGUUUGGUUUUCUUUUCUUUUUUCUUUCUUUUUUUUUUUAACUGGAUUGUGUUUUUAUUUUGGGGCGGGGGGAUACUUAAUAAAUUUAUUGCUGUCAGAUA